GUGAGCCAAUUGUUUAUUACAUAGCAGCCAGGUUGGGUGACGUAGGAUUCAUAGGCACUUCCUCGUUUGUUUUUCUAACCGAACCGAAACCAAACAUCCACAUUCAUGAUGCAUCUGUCCAGGGUUGGAAUGUACACGAAGAGGAGAAAGCGGGACAGUUCUCACCCUUAGACCUUUCUCUGUUCCUGAAUUUGACUGUCACUCGCUCUGCUUCUCCAUAUCGCUCCCCAUUUCCAAUCACUUCGCCGCCAUGUUGUGCUGGGGGAACGCCAGAGAUGGGCAGUUGGGCAUCGGCGUGGAGAGGAAUCCCGUUUUCGAACCAAGGAUGUGUCACGUGUUCAGCGGCAGGGGGCUGAGAGAGGUUGCGUGUGGCGGACAACACACGCUGUUCUUACUGCAAGACGGUAGCGUGUACACAUGUGGUUCCAACAGCUGUGGACAGCUGGGCCACGACAAAGCUGGGAAUUCUCCAGAGCUGGUGGGGGCUCUGGAUACCCAGAAGAUAACCAUGGUGUCGUGUGGUCGGGCCCAUUCAGUGGCGGUGAACGAGCAGGGUCAGGUGUUCGUGUGGGGGGCUGGAGACGGCGGUCAGCUUGGUCUGGGCGCUGCAGAGACGGCUGUUCGGAUCCCAAGGUUGGUUAAAAAACUGUGUGACCACAGCAUCUCCCAAGUAGUGUGUGGAAACCAGCACUGCAUCGCACUUUCACGAGACGGCCAGCUGUUCACGUGGGGCCAGAACAGCAGCGGUCAGCUCGGUCUGGGAAAAGGAGAGACCGGCAAGCUGUCUCCUUCCCCGGUCAAGUCCCUGGCAGGAAUCCCUUUGGCUCAGAUCACCGCGGGAGGAGACCACUGCUUUGCAGUCUCCAUGUCCGGAGCUGUAUUUGGCUGGGGCAAAAACAAGGCUGGUCAACUGGGGCUCAACGAUAAACAAGAUCGGGCCGUUCCAUGUCAUAUCAAGUUUUUGCGAUCUCAGAAAGUUGUUUACAUCAGCUGUGGAGACGAACACACAGCCGCCCUCACAAAGAACGGAGGCUUAUUUACCUUUGGGGAUGGCUCCAGGGGGCAGCUAGGUCAUGGUUCCAGCAAUAAUGAACUUUUACCGAGGCGAGUUAUGGAGCUCAUGGGAACUGAAGUGUCCCAGAUCACAUGUGGAAGGCACCACACUCUUGCGUUUGUUCCAUCCUCCGGUACGGUGUAUGCAUUUGGCUGUAACAGCCACGGUCAGCUGGGAACUGGAGUACUGGCUGAUUUAAGAAGUCCACAUCCUGUUAAAAAUGAUUUCUUGACUUUAAAUCUCAGAAAAGAUUUAAGGAAGUAUUCAGUGAUCAAAAUCAUCUCUGGAGGAGACCAUAGCUUUUUGAUGUAUUCCAGUGAGCAGUGUCCUGCAGCCCCAGAAGACUUCCGAGUGUUUCAUGUCGGUAAAAGCCUCUCCCCCAUCAACCACGACCGCUUGAACUCAUGGAGGCUAAAACUCCUGUACAACACAGACGCUAAUGUUUCAAAAGACAUCGUCAUUCAGCUCUCCUCAGCAGCUUGUUGGAACGCCAGCUUCUUAGACCAAAGUGAUGAUGCUCACUUUAAAACCAACCCAAAGAUCUCCGGCAUCGAUCUCAACUCUGUCAGAAUGCUGUUUGAAACGCUAAGCAAACCAGCUUUCGCUGGAGUCCAGGAGCAGGCGACCACAAGCUUUGAAAGUCUGCUGAUCCCUCAGCUGCCGCGUUCCCCACCUGAUGUGGAGGCCAUGAGGAUAUAUCUCAUCCUGUCCGAGUACCCAGCCCUGCAGGACUCCAAGAACUACAUACGCCUCACUAUUCCACUGGCAAUAGCCAUUCUCAGGCUAGAUGCCAACCCCAGCAAAGUAUUGGAUAACUGGUGGUGUGUUGUGGAUGUCGGCGUCUUCACCAGAAUGGUUGACAUGUACAAGAGCAUAGUUGUGUACAUGCUCACGGGAGGCAAGAGCAUCCCUGCACCCAUGUUCUACGAGAACUACUUCAUGGCCACGUUGAGACUGCUGGAGAAGCUCCACAAGGUGAAUUUAAAGGCCCAUCAUGUAGAAUACAACCACUUUUAUAUCCCUGACAUCACCACCCUGGUGGAUAUCCAGGAAGACUACCUCAAAUGGUUUCUGAGUAAAGCCCAGAUUAAAGUGGGCUCAUCUCCUUCACAGAGUAACCUUCCCCCAGUGAACCUUUGUGCCUUCCCGUUCAUACUGAAUGCCCAAGCCAAGACGACAAUGCUGCAAACAGAUGCUGAACUGCAAAUGCAGAUGGCAGUAAGCGGUGCAAACCUGCACAAUGUUUUCAUGCUGCUCACACUGGAACCCCACCUUGCAAGGAACCCAUACCUGGUGCUGCAUGUGCGCAGGAAUCAUUUAGUAAGCGACACGCUUCGAGAGCUAACCGUCUACUCUGAUGUGGACCUCAAGAAACCACUCAAAGUGAUCUUUGACGGCGAGGAGGCUGUGGACGCAGGUGGGUUGACGAAAGAGUUCUUCCUGCUGCUCCUAAAGGAACUCAUGGAUCCUGUCUAUGGGAUGUUCACCCACUACAAAGACUCCAAUCUGUUGUGGUUCUCAGACAAAUGUUUUGUAGAGCAGAACUGGUUCCACCUGAUCGGGAUCAUCUGUGGUCUUGCCAUCUAUAACUCCACUGUGGUGGACCUGCACUUUCCUCUGGCUCUUUACAAAAAGCUGCUGGAUGUCUCCCCCUCACUGGAGGACUUCAAAGAGCUCUCACCCACAGAAGCCAGAAGUUUACAGCAGCUUUUAGAUUAUGAAGGGAGAGAUGUGGAGGGGACAUUCCUUCUCAACUUUGCUAUCACCAGGGAGAACUAUGGGAUGACGGAGGUCAAAGAGCUGGUCCCUGGAGGAGAGAGCAUCGCUGUGGACAAUACCAACAGGAAGGAGUUUGUGGACUCUUACCUGCGGUACGUCUUCUCAGACUCUGUGGAUGAACAGUACUCGGCCUUCUCGUCUGGUUUCCUGAAGGUGUGCGGAGGGGAGAUCCUGUCGCUCUUCCAGCCGUCCGAGCUCAUGGCCAUGGUGGUCGGCAACAACAACUACAACUGGGAGGAGAUGGAAAAGAAUGCUGUUUACAAAGGGGAGUACUCCGCCACUCACCCAACAGUGAGGUUGUUCUGGGAGGUUUUCCACGAGUUUCCCCUGGAAAAGAAGAAGCAGUUUUUAUUGUUCCUGACGGGCAGCGACCGCAUUCCCAUCCACGGCAUGGAGAGCCUGCGGAUCAUUAUCCAGUCCACCACGGCGGAGGAGCACUACCUGCCAGUCGCUCACACCUGCUACAACCUGCUGGACAUGCCCCGCUAUCAGACCAAAGAGAUCCUGCGUCGCCGCCUCACUCAGGCGGUGGAGCAGUACGAGGGCUUCAGCCUGGUCUGAGAGGAGCCUCAACGCACUUUAGCAGCCAUAGACCACCAUGUGAGUGUCAACCGUGAAUGUGGGUGCAAGCUGGAUGAAGAAAAGGCCACUCUUGCAUGAUUGUUAGGCUUUUUAAAUAUCCCAAGGUCUAAAUGUGUAAACGCAGAUACAUUUUAAAGUUAAAUGGUUCUCAACCUUUCGGGCCAACAAAGAUGGAGGUCGGAAGUUUAACAGAAAUUUAAAAAACACGUAUGCAUCAAAAAAAGAGAACAGUAUACUGAAGUCUUUUUGGGAUCAGAUAAACUUCACAACGCUGAGAAACUAAAGCUACGUUCACAUGGGGAUGUUAUACCCGUUCUUGAAUGCGAUGUGUUCACACUGGACUAUUGCUAACGUACAGCUGGAGGGUGCGAAAUAUUGAAGCGAUGCAAAUGUUUCUCCAGGAUUUUACUUUCACAACUCUUUUCCGAUCUAUGAAAGACUCAAUGUCAUAUAGUUUCAGUCCGGCACAGUUAUUAAUUCCUCUACAUGGUCGAUUUGACACUUACUUGAAUUAAAAAGGACGCCAUCCAUACGUCACUAGCAAAUCUGAGUCUCUGAUUGGUCAAAAUUCCACCUGGUUUAUCUUUCAGUUGUUGCGCGUUUUGUAGUAGAGCUUUAAAAUUGUUGUGGAACCGUGCAUAGCUACACGUAAUCGCAAGUGGAAGCCCAAAAAUGCACUUUUAUUGGCGUUUACAUCGACUUUUCAUUGGACGCUGGAGGCGGUGUGAACGUAGCUUCAGGCUUCUGGGAAAUUCUUCUUUUUGUUCCUUUGGCAAAAAAUGUUAUUGUUUUUAUAUAUUCCUUAAAUUCUAUUUUUCAUCUUAACGUUUUGUGUUGAUAUCUUGAGAUAAUAUAUUUCUUUUUCGUUAUUUUGAAUUAAUUUAAUAGAUUGGUUAUAUUUUUGGCGUAAGAGCCGGAUGUGUAAAUAGCGGUUUAAAAUCCUCCCCCACACUCCUUUGAUCAUUUGAAUUUCAGAAUCUCUGCCAGACUUUUUCAAAAGCUGAGGGAGUUUCGGGGUGGCAGAGGUGACGAGUGGUAAAGUACGAUCUUUAAUCGUUCAUUCCCGUUGGUCAGCUGCGGCUCACAGAGCAGUUGACGUCUUAAUCCCGCAUUCAACAGUGUUGCCUUCAACAGGGAAGCUAGCUGUAGAAACAGACUUUUUAAAGCAACCGGAUGUUGGGGGAAGGCACUUAACCUUAAAAAAGUAAAUGUAUAUAGGGAUUUGUUGGACUGCCUCUACCUAAAAUUAAGUUAUUUAAUCCCAUGAGGGUUUAGGAAUUAAACUAGAGGAAAAAUGGUCCAGAAAUCUGUUUUACACCCUGCAGGUUUCAGCGGCUAAAAUGGUUUCUUCUUCUUUUCAACAGUUUGUGUUUCAAAAUCCAAAAAAACUCUUUAUCCCCAUUAAAAUGACUGAUUAAAAUUACAAUUUCUCUCUUUCUGGAAGCAGAAAUGUUUAUCUGAAAUGACUUAUUCCAACAUUGUUUUUGUUUUAAGCUAUAAAACAUUCCUUUAUUUCCCUAGUCUGUUUUAUGAGUCAUAAACAAGUUCAAAUUCAUCAACAGAUUCAAGUUUAGUGUUUUUAUUUUAAUAUAAAAAGUUUACUAUUUUUUUGUUAUUUAAUAGUUUAUUUGGUACAUAUUAAUAUAACUGUUAAGCAAAAAAUACAUGUGAGAUGUCUUCAUUAGCAAUUUUGUUACCCCAAGGUCUGUAAACAUCUACGAAAACUGAGAUUGUUCCUUCAAAUAAAAAAUAAAUAAAAUUUGUAUUUGGAUAUAUAAGAAACUAAAUGUUUUUAUUUAAGCUUCUUUCACAAAAAGAAACAAAAACAUGCUUAAAAAGCCAAUUGAUUGCUAGUUAUCAGUAAGUAAAUUUUUGCUGGUACUCAUUUAAAAAAAUAGAUAAAAAGUCAACUACUUUGUUAGAGUUUGGAAAAGAUUAAAAAAUAUUGGCUAUGUCCAAAUUCCUUCCCUACUCUCCAACACUAAAAUAUGAAACGGUGCGGGACUGUCUAGUGCCUUGGGUUUCAAAUUUGGACACCAUGCUCACUACUUUUUCUUUUUCUUUUCUAAAGAAGCAAAUAUUUCCCAAAGUAAAACCCUAAUUUGAACAUUUCACGAAGACUACCGAUAUUUAAAAUAAAUAUUUUUUAUUCACAUGGAAAAUCAUCGAAAUGCAAUGCAUUGUGGUCUAUGUUCACCAAUCUGGGGAGCAUUGAUUAUUGUUUUUUUGCAGAGAAUUCUGGGAAAUUUCUAGGGCACUGGAUUUUCUACAAAAUGGCAGACGCUCUAUAUAAGGUAGUGAGUAGUGAAGGAAUUUGGACACACAACCCAAGAAUAAGUGGUUAAAAAUAUGAAUGAAAAGGGGAAAUCAAAGUUCUCUAAGGAUUUUUCUUGUUUGUUGGUCCUGUAUCAAGAUGAAUAAUCAGGUCUUUACCCUUAUAUUUUAAAUUUAGUAUUCCUGUAUCACAUAUAUUUUCUAACCGAUACAUCUUCUGGUCUUCUCAAUUCUGUGGUCACUUCGCUUAAUUUUCUCGCCUGUUUCUUGCCGUUUUAUUUAUUUAUGCAUCUAUUUUUUGUUGGCAAGAAGCAAACAAACAUAGUAUAUGUCCCAAAAGUGUAAUUAAAGCUAAACAUAAUCAAAUCCUAGCUUCAGUAAUUGUUGUGUCCAUAUUACCGAAGUAAUUAAAAUGUAAUACUCAGAAAACUGCAUAUUCUGACAGUAUAAGUGAGCGGAUGUAACCGUUAGCAUCUACAAAAACUUGAUGUUUCUGCAACUUUUUCCCCCCCAAACAUUUUUUUUAACUCCCCUCCGCAGUCAAACCUUUACUCUAAAAAUAUUGGUUGUGCGUGAAUUGUAUAAAAUGUUCUUGCAUAUACACACAUACGUAUAUUUUUUAUACUUUCCUACAUAAUGUUAAAGUAAUCCAGACUUGAUCCAUUCAGCAAUAACUUAAUCCGACGCAGGCAUUAUGAAGUUCUGAGUGUUUGAGUCUUCAGAGGACACCAGACAGAAUAGGAAUAGACUUUCCAUCAAACACAUUUUGACAGGUGACCUUUGACCCUACACCAUCCACCAAACAAAUUUGACAAGUGACAGAUGGCUUUAUAAAAAUUGUAAUAUAUAUAUAUAUAUAGCUCAAAAGUGAAAUUUAUAAUUUGAUAUGUAUAAAUUGUAAUUUAUAUUAAGCCAUCCAUCACUUGUCAUAUUAGUUUGGUGGAUGGUGUAGGGUCAAAGGUCACCUGUCAAAAUGAGUUUGAUGGAGAGUAUAUUCCUAUUCUCUCUGACACUGCUUUCUAUAGAUUGACUCAAUAUUGCAUGUACACAUAAGGAUUUUUUAAAAACAUUCUAAUUAAGGCUAAUCUCUCUGGCAGACUUUAGUCCUAUGCAAUUUUUUUUGUGCUGUUGUGAUUUUUUUGCUCUUAUGAUGUGAUCCAGAAGAUGUGAUUUUGGGAUGUUUGUCUACAGACUACAUACAACUCUGUUCCAGCCUGAAUUUUAAAUAAAAGACUAAAAAAAUAAAA